AUGCGAUGUGGAAUCCUUUCCACUCAAGAAUCAUCAACGCAGGCUGCUGCUGUUGCAGGGGUGUCAGUGCUGCAGCGGACGCUGACGGACUGUGCGCUCCAUCAGUCGCCGCUGCUCUGCCUGCGACCGCUCCUGCUGCGGGCCUUGGACCGCGCUCUGCUCACGGACCGCCUGCCGCUGGCGGACGGCGUCACCCUGGUGCGCCAAGCGUCUGCGGACGUCAGCCCAGGCGACGCCGCCGAGGUUCCGACAGCUGCAGCUGAGCCUGGGGGAUGGCAGGCACCAGGGAACGGCCUGCUGCGCCGCCUCGCCACGCUCUUCACUACACACUCGCUACAGCUGCAGCUGCCAGGCACAUUCAUCACCUCUCUGCUCCCAGAGGGUCGCGGCAAGGGCGGCGGCCUGAAGAAGUACGGCAGCGUGCUGCUACUGGGUGCCAUGAUGAAGGCGGCGGUGCUGGCCAUCGCAUUCAAGGCGAUCGCGCUGCUGGCGGGGACCGCGCUGCUGGUGGCCAAGGUGGCGUUCGUGCUGGCCGCCGUCGUGGGACUCAGCAAGCUGCUUGGGGGCGGCGGCGGCGACCACGACAAGUCGGCGUACGAGUACGUCAAACACCCUGCGCUGGCCCACGCGUACGCGCACCCCGUGGCCCACGAGUAUGGCCACAGCGGCGGAGGCGGCGGCGGUGGGGGCGGCGUCAUGCACUACGAGGCCAACGCUGCGGACGGGGCCGGCGCGCGCUGGCGGCGCAGUCUGCCCGCCGCCGACGCCCACCCUCUGGCCUACAGCGCGCGGGCGCAGCAUCUGCUUUAG